GGUUUCCACGGGAACCGCCUGAAAGCCGAGCGCGCUCGACCCGGCUCCCCUUCCUACUUCAGCGCUGCCCGGGUUGCUUGCGACGGCAGCCGCCAUGUUGAUGCUGGGCCGUGGGCUGGACGCCAGGGACAAUCAGACAAGGCAAGUACGAGAAGCUGUGUCAAACGUGGAAAAACAUUUUGGUGAAUUGUGCCAAAUAUUUGCAGCUUAUGUAAGAAAAACUGCCAGACUACGAGACAAAGCAGAUCUUUUAGUAAAUGAAAUACAUGCUUAUGCAGCUACAGAGACACCAAAUUUAAAGCAUGGAUUGAAACAUUUUGCAAAUGAGUUUUCCAAACUCCAAGAUUAUCGCCAGGCACAGAAGCAGGCUGCUACUUCUGUGAUGAAGCCUCUUGUCAUCCUGAAGUUUUCCACACUACAUACACUCCUUUCCAUUCUUUGCAAGAAACUGGGAAAUCAAGGGAGGAGAGAGGAACCCACACUGCUGGUAGAACGACUUGAGGCUAAAGUGGUUGAACCUCUGAAAUGUUAUGGGACCAUCAUAAAACUUAAAAGAGAGGAUCUCAAAGCAACUUUAACAGCAAAGAACCGAGAAGCAAAACAGUUGUCCCAGCUUGAAAGGACGCGUCAACGAAAUCCAUCAGAUCGACAUAUUAUUUCACAGGCUGAAAGUGAACUACAGAGAGCUUCAAUGGAUGCUACUAGAACAACUCGACAGUUGGAGGAAACCAUUGACAACUUUGAAAAACAAAAAAUAAAAGAUAUAAAGAACAUAUUUUCAGAAUUUAUAACAAUUGAAAUGCUGUUCCAUGGAAAAGCCUUAGAGAUUUACACCGCUGCCUACCAAAAUAUACAAAAUAUUGAUGAGAAUGAAGAUUUAGAGGUGUUUCGAAGUUCACUUUAUCCACCAGAUCACCAGUCUCGUUUGGAUAUUGUCCGUGCUAAUUCCAAGUCUCCCCUCCAGAGACCCAGUUCAUCUAAACCUUGUGCUGGAAUAGUUCAGAUUUCCAGGAAUAAUUUGAAAAAGGAAGAGGAGGAAGAGGAGGAGGAAGAUGAUGAAGAGGGGGAUGAUGAAUAUGAUGAUGAGGACCUAGAAACUACCAAGGAAGGCAGAUAGCUUUUGAAAUUAGCAAGGUAUCAUCAAAACAACCUAUUAAAAUAAAACUAAAGUGACAAUUUUAAACUGACAAUAUUAAACAAGAUUGUUAAUUGACUACCAUACAAACUCUCGAUAUGAAAUAUAAACAUCUACUAAAGUUGAUUUUUGUACACAAAAAAUUUAAGUUGUUCCUUACAAAUCUGUAUGUCAUAAUUUGGAUUCAACAUUAGACCAUACACUUACCGAUCUGCCAUCCUUUUGAUAUAUUGCCUUAGAAAAGAUGCAUUUUUGUAAACAAAGGGACCAGUACUGUUUUAAAUAAAUAUAGUAUAUUCACCCAGAUCCUACUAACCAAAUACCUUUCCUUUCAUAAACUACAGAGAUUGCUCGUGAAAGCCAGUUAUUACACAACAAUCAGUCAUCCUAAAAAAGCAAAUAUUGGAGAGAUGUGCAUCAUAGAUUAUUCUAUGCAUCAUCUCCUAGCACAUUGUAUGUUAAAGACAGCUUGCAGAUUUCUAGGCCCAUUCUUAUCUGAGGUCUUUCCCUCCCAAUCUAAUUUUACUGAGUCUGCAUCACAUUUGAUGUGUAAAGAAGUAGUGCAGUUAGCUUAGGAACAGACAAUACACUAGGUAGAAGUGCCUUCUACAUUACCUAAUGUCUAACACAGAUUUUUGCUUAUAAUUCAGAUAGAAACACUAAAGACAAGUGAAAUUUGUGGUGAUGGAUUUUCCUUUAUCAGAAUGGCUACGUUAAUUUUGUAUUAUCUGUAUUAUAAAGUUCAGGAUAUUUCUGCAUGGCUUUUUCUUUUGAAAUCGUUAUUUUUUAAAUAUUUAGAACAUAAUUAUAACAUAAUUAUUUUAUCAAGUCUUAAUGAAAUAGUGUCUCUCAGUAACUGAAAUUCUGUUCAUGUUAAGUUACACCAUGACAUCAUCAGCUCGGACAAUUUUUCAGAAAUUAAACAUUUCCUACGUCUCUCCUAAAGCACAUGUUUCCUGUGUAACUCCUUUCAUUCUUGGGAAUCUGUGGGACAGGAAAUUGUUCUUUAUUGAAAGUUCCUGCCACCAACAUUAUUUUCCUGAUGGCAGCACUUUUUGGUAAUUGAAGUCUUCCUUCUCCUGUUCCACAGCUCCUCCUCCCUAAGUUUCCAACAAUGGAAGAGAUUACAUGGGAGUUGAAGGUACCUCAAGAAAGAAGCAGGAAAUUUUAAGCUGAUCCAGCUAAUGACAUUGUCAGUCUUAAGCAGCAUAAUUUACAUGAGCUAGGUCUCAGUUGCUGAUUCUUAAAAUUCCCCUAAAACACUGAAGUGGAUUCCAAAUUAAAAAGGAAAAGUGUAAGCUGUUACCAGAGGAAUGAAUGCAAAACACAUUUUGUGGAACCGUACUGAAAGUGAAGUACAAGAUAAGGAAAUAUAUUAAUACUCCACUAGUUAGCAGUGCUUCUCCCCUUCUUUUUGUCCCAUAUAUUCCAUAGAGUUCUAAAGUAUAAACACAGUUGACUUAACACUAAAAAGUUGCAAGCAUCCAUUCCAUUUGUGACUCAGCAUAAAGUUGUCUAAAGCAGUAGUUUCUCCCUUAGCAGUGUAGAUACUAUCUGUGAGACACAGCUAUCCAGGAGGGACAUAAGACCUGCAUAACAGUGUUAAACUACUAGUGAAGUGUUUCUGUUUCUAUACUUUCAUCAAGUAGCUGGCUACAUAGCUCAUUGUGUUGGAGUUCCUGGCUGCAGAACAAAAGAUCAGGAGUACAAUUCUCCACUGUACCUUGUAGCAAACAAGCUAGCCUGUAUAGCCUUGGGCAAGCUCCCACAGCACUAGCAGAACCACUUCUGAUUACUCUACACCUACACUGGGAGGGGUCACCAUAUAUUGCAACUGACGUCACAGCACAUAAAUAUUAUUUUACUCUCACCAGUGCUAUUGCAAUGUUUUAUUUUCUUAAAACUCGCCAUCAAGGAUAACUAUAAUAACAGGAUGCCUGUAAGCAUACACAUUAUCUUCUGAGAAAAGUUUUUUGCUUCUGUCAUAGUAAUAACCCAAGUUCUUUGCUAGUGUGUUUGGUAGGAACUAAGAUGUGAAAUGCUGAGAUGUAAAAGGUUGAGAAGCCGAAGAAUGGUCUGCAGUAGAUUACCUAACAGUCUUCAGUGGUGUUCUAGCUGUAGAAAUGACCAUAUUAAAGAAUAAUUUACUGUAUGUUACCAAGAGUAUAUUAUCUUGCAAUAGAAAUUAAACUCAGAUAACACUACGUAUCAGUAUGGGUAUCCAUUUGAGGUUUGAAUGACAUUCAGAUAGAAAUAUCUACAUCAGUAUGUAGGAAUGGGAAGUUUGGGAAGAUUUAAACUCCCCCCUCUGAGAUGAAGAGAUGAGAUCUGAGGACUGCGUUUCAAAUACAUAUCCACAUAAAAUAGUGACUCAACUAAUUAGCUCAAAAAGUACAAACAAUAAUUCUGAAGUCUAUCAGAGUUACUACCAGAAAGCAGUGUUUGUUGGGGGGGAGUGUUCUGAUAGGUUAGACUGAAAUAUUUUAUUUGCCAUAUAUUUUUGUAACCUGCAGCCUCUUCACCAGAUGCACCAAAGGGGCUGUUGUCCAUGAAAGCUUACACCAAAUAAAAUCUGUUAUGUUUUAAGAGCCGUAUAUAACAGUAGAAUUCCAUAGGUGGGAACCCUGGAAUCCCACAGAAUCAGGAGUGACUGAACUCCCCCAUCUCACUAUAGCCUCUGUUUGCCUCCAAAAUCUGGAGGGACGGGAGCCCCUCUGGAGUUGCUUGGCAUCAAGGGUAGCUAUAGGGGCAAGUGGAAAAGAAAAAAAAUUAUUCCAACAAUAUUAUACAUAGUUCAUUGAUACCUAUACUCUUGGUACUUUUACAGAAAUUUGCAGCUAUUACUGCAACCCAGCAAACUAGCAUUCUACAAAGCAAUUCUAAAAAUGGGCCAGCCCAAACAAAAAAAGUUGAACUUUGAAACUGGAUUUCUGAUCAGCACUAAGUUUGACACAGAUGUAGCAGGCAGUCUGCUCUCUCUCUCUCUCUCUCUCUAUCAAAUGUGAAGAUGUUUGGCCAAGUAGUUUUCAAGUUAUAUUUUUUAAAAAAGUAAAAUGUACCCCUCUUGUGAAGAAAUAUGUUAUCAAACCCCAAUUUUAAAACAGAUGAAAUAAACUGAAAAGACCAAU